AACAUUGCGAUUGUCUCCGAUCCACCAAAGUGGCCAUAAAUAGAUAGGUAGCUAUAUUUAUGGCACGGCAUGCCAUGGUUAUUCAAUUUUGUUCCCUUUUGCCUCGCUAGCUUCAUUCAUUCGUACGUCAUGGGUCUCUUCUUCUCAAGAAAUCUGCCUUUUAAUCUCUUUCUUUUCUCAAAGAAAGCCUCUGGGGAUUUGUUUCCCGAGCAACUCGACAACAUGAUGUGUCUCGUUGCCCGCACUGGCAGGCACUUGCAGCGCUACGACGAUGGUUGUCGCCAAGUUGUGGGAUGCAUUCCAUACAGAUACAAGAGAAAGGGAAGCCAAAAUAAGGAAUUAGAGGUUUUGGUGAUUAGUGCUCAGAAAGGCAAUGGAAUGCAGUUCCCAAAGGGAGGUUGGGAGAGCGACGAAUCCAUGGAGCAGGCUGCUUUAAGGGAGACCAUAGAGGAAGCUGGGGUCGUUGGCAACGUCGAAAGUAAAUUGGGUAAAUGGUUUUAUAAGAGCAAACGCCAAGACACGAUGCAUGAGGGAUAUAUGUUCCCUUUGCUUGUGAAGAAGCAAUUAGAGAAUUGGCCAGAGAAGAACAUUCGGAAACGAACAUGGAUGACAAUUGAUGAAGCAAAACAAGCGUGUCCACAUCCUUGGAUGAAGGAGGCUUUGGAUGUGUUGGUCAGUAGACAACCUCAAUUUUGGGCGUUGCAAAGUCACACAACAGAAGGACUAACAACUAACAAGAGAUCGAUGCUAGAGACAGAAAUUUCUAGAAUGUACGUCAGAGAGAGAUCUAUCAACAGAACUCAUUCAGUAGAUGUAUAAAUUCUAGAUCGAUCUAUUUGUUCUUUCCUUUAUUUGAUUCUUUUGUAAUGCCACUUUUAAUAUAAUUAUGUUUAG